ACACACAGUAUCUGCCACGUUUCAGGAAGCUGUAUACACGCACCCAUAGCAGCACCUACCAUUUCCGCAAGCACGAUUGUCAGUUCCCUGUGCCAUUUCAAUCUCUUUACAUAAAGAGCAGCAGCUUGUUUCAUUGCUCUAAGGACAAAAGGUGGAAAUGUCUCAAACUAUCAGCUUUCAGCCCCAAGCUGUCCAGGGUUGCGCCAACAGUAACGCCAACAGUAACAUCAACCAGUGGGAUUCUGAGGUCUUUGACUGUUGUCAGGACAUGGGCAUCUGUCUUUGCGGUACAUUCUUACCCAUGUGUUUGGCUUGUAAAGUGGCUCAGGAUUACGGAGAGUGCUGCUGUCUGCCGUUCCUCAGUGGCACCGUUAUUGCCAUGAGGACAGGAAUAAGAGAGCGAUACCAUAUUCCGGGUUCUAUCUGUGAGGACUGUGUGUGCCUCACAUUCUGUGGUCCAUGCACUCUUUGCCAAAUGGCUCGAGAACUAAAUAUCAGAAAAUGAAAGCAGAAGACAAUCGGCAGGAGAAGGAACAGUCUGAUAGAAUUUAACAUCUUCUUUGUGGCAUCCCCUCAUGUACCAGUGCAGGUGCCGACACACAACACAAUUUUCUGGUGUUAUACUUACCAAUAUUUUAAUAUGAAAAUCAGAACAUGCUCUUGACUGGCUCAGGUCACAGUCUAGCCCGGCCCAGCCACUGGUAAGUCCUGUUCCUUUUAACAGAAGAAAUCAGGGCACUCCUGGUAACAACUCAACAGUGUAUAAUAUAUACAAUGCAAAGGAACUGGAAAAUGUAUGGACCAAAUGUGUAAACUCUUCCGAAAACCCCUACAAUAAAUGUCUUUCCCAUAUGCAGUACCCCUUUUUUAGACGAUGCCUGCGAUGCCUGAGGAAUAAACUGUGUAACUGUGAAUAUGUCUCUAUAACAUGCAAGAAGAAAAAAAUGGUUGUUACAAAUGUUUUGUUUUUAUAAUUCAAGCAAUAAAAAGCCAAUGUAAAAUU